CCACCCAGAAACAAAAUGGCGCCCGAGCCGCUGUUUCUCCUCCUCUCACGCACGACAUAUCCGGAGGUGGAGGCACGAGGGCCGGAAGUAGGUCGAGCUUCCAAGAUGGCGACCCCCUAUGUGACUGAUGAAACCGGAAAAUACAUCGCCUCCACACAGCGUCCAGAUGGUACUUGGAGGAAACAAAGGAGAGUGAAGGAAGGCUAUGUCCCCCAAGAAGAAGUACCUGUGUAUGAGAAUAAGUAUGUGAAAUUCUUCAAGAGCAAGCCAGAACUCCCUCCGGGCCUAAAUCCAGAGGGGAACACCCCAACGACCAAGCAAGCGCCAAAGGGACCGGAGAGCACCGAGGUAGGACUCUCCAAAACAGCCAAGAGGAACCUAAAGCGCAAGGAGAAGAGGAAGCAGCAGCAGGAGAAGGGGGAGCGAGACACAGAUGACCUUAUCCACUCACUAGAGAAAACAACUCUCACAGCAACACCUGGCAGCAGUGAAGAUGCCAAGCCAGCUGUGGCCACCGGCAGCACAAGGUUCGCUGCAGGCAGUGGGGAUGCCUCAUCUGGUGCCACUACGGCCAUGUCGGAGAAGAACAAGAAAAUCAAAAACCUGAAAAAGAAAUUGCGGCAGGUGGAGGAGUUACAGGCACGAAUUGACUCUGGGGAGAUCAAGCAACCGACCAAAGAGCAGUUAGACAAGCUGGCUCGAAGGAAAGCUUUGGAAGAGGAACUCGAGGACCUGGAAUUGGAUUUGUAAGGGUUGGAAUUUGAACUGGACAUCAUGUGCAUAGGAACAAACCGUCCCCAAGGGAACAUUCUGAGAACUGUGCAGCACACAGAACAGAAGAUGCUGUCUUCAGGCUCCUCCUUUGUACCUUUAUUUUAUUUUAUGUUGGGUGCUGUCUGAAAUUUUUAAAGAAGUAUUUCUCUCAGCUAUUGAUGUUUUAAGAUACCAAGGACACUAAAACGACUUUGCUACCUGCCUGAAUCUCAUUCUAGCCACUUCUUCCCUUCCCCUGGUCACUGGGGUGGGUAGAUGGGAAUAUCAUUUGGCACAGUGGAGCCGACUUCCAGAGGCUUCCAAGUGGGUGGAGUGCUCCAUGUUUUUUCCCUUCCUUGUAUGAUACAUGUUCUCUGUAGUGGUCACUCCACCUUCUUUUCCCCAUUUUUAAAAAGAAUGCAAUAAUAAAAAUUGCAGUAGUGACCUUGGAGUCUAGGGAUACAUACAUUUUCUCCAUUUUAGCCUAACAUGUCUUUUAAGCUCAAGCUGUGGUUUCAGUCUUUGCAUAAGCUCUUGUUUAUUUAACUGGUUUUGUUUUUGUGUUUCUUCAAGUCAUUUCCAAUUUAUGGUGACCCUAGGGGGAGGCCUAUAACAGGGUUUUCUUAGUAAGAUUUGUUCAAAGGGUGAGUUGCCAUUUCUUUCCUCUAAGACUGUGGCAGGGUGACUUGCCAAAGGCCAUUCAGUGAGCAUUUAUGGCUGAGUGGGGCUUUUAACCCUGGUUUCUCAGUUGGAUGGCCCAUUAUAAUUUUCAUUAGUGCAUGGCAGCUGUGAAAAAAGCAAGGAAUUGUUAGAAAAGAGUUUGAAAAUAAAGACAUGAAUAUCUGUGGUGCAA